AUGUCAGACGACGAAAGUGUGCCUUGUUUUCUUGAAGACGACAGAGUAAAGUUUGUCGAGUUUAAAGUUUGUAGCCUGCUGCAGCUGCACCGCCAAACAUGGGACAGGAGUGCGGUCAACGAAGAGUUCCUCACCCUGCUGAAAGACUUCUUCGAAAAGAAGUCUGUAAUAUUUUUCUCUUCAUCAAAAAAAGGUGGUCUGGUUGCUUCUAAUGAGGUCCCACCUGGUGCUCAAAACAGGCACAUCUAUAUUCUCAAGAAGAGAGUUGUUCCCAUCACCUCUGAUAACUGCAGGGAACUGCUGCUCUUUGGCCUCCAGUCUCCAUCACCAUUAAUGCAGCUGUCAAGCACAGUAGAGCAGGUAUGUGUUCCACUGCUGUCAAACAACAAAAACCAUCACACGUGGCCAACUUCGUUGUCUGAGGACAUCAUUCGACAUGUUGAGAACAUGUGCAGUAAGACAUCAGUGGUCCAGGGACAGGUUUUAGGGAAAAGUGUCCUCCCUAUCCCAGCUGCGACAGAUUGGGUGGAAAAUGCAUUCAGCACCUUCAAAAUGUAUAAUAACUAUGACAGGGCACUGGCUCAUGCCAUAGAGAGCCAGGUCAUCACCUGGAGCAAUAUUAUCCAGAAGAUCUUAAAGGAAGAUUCAUCAGACCUACUUAUAACAGGAAGCAACCCAGGGCCCGAUGCAGAGCUGAAGUUUUGGGCUUCAAGAAAGGCCAAUAUACAGAAUAUUUAUGAUCAGCUUCAGAGUCCAGUUGUUCAGAAGAUGGCAAAGAUAUUGGAGAUGAUGGAUAGCAGUUAUUAUCCCGCAAUCAAGACUCUAAUUGGAAGUGUAGUUGAUGCACUUCAAGAAGUGAAGGACAUAGACCUAUAUCUACAGCCAUUACACGCACGACUGACUCCAUUGGAAAAGGAAGGAUUUCCCAACCUGGAAAAAUGUACCCCUGUACUUUUCCACACACUGUUCCUAAUCUGGACCAACUGCCAAUCCUAUCAAAGACCGGCACGCAUUGUGGUGCUGCUGCAGGAGCUGUGCAAUCUGUUCAUUGAGCAGGCUUCUACAUACCUCUCUGCAGAUCUGCUUCUCAGAGAGGAUCCAGAGGAAAGCCUAACGAUGGUAAAGAGGGUGAUACAAGUCUUUAGAUGUUUUAAAGACAGUUACCAGACCCAGAGGGAGAGGUUGGCCAACCAUGUGAAACAUGCACCCUGGGAUUUCCCGUCUGCCAUGAUUUUUGCACGUUUCAACCAGUUCUUUAAUCGCAUGCUACAGCUGGAGGACUUGUUUGAAAUCAUGCUGGACUUUCAGAGGAUGGAAAAACUAGAGUUUGGUGGACUUAAUGGCAAAAUCUACAGUGAGCACGCUGCUCAGAUGUACAAAGAAUUCAGUAACCACUGCCAAGUGUUGAGGCACAGUGAAAACAGCCCCUUUGACCUAAACUCUCAGGAUUUUGAAAAGGAGCAUAAGGAUUUGAAAGUGAGGAUUUUGGACUUUGAAUGCCGCCUUGCCAGCCUUAUUUGCUUGGCCUUUAAGGAUUGCUCAGGACUGGAGUCAGUAUUUAAACUGCUAACUAUUGUUGGACCCUUCAUGGAGAGAAGACAAAUCCAACAGAUAUUCAGUCCCAACUACCUUAUUCUGCAGCAACUUUUCAGGGAAGAGCUGGAGAGAUGUAAAUGUCAUUUUAAAGCCCAUCUCAAUAAGAUGGAGAGUGGUCUGGCUAAGAACAUGGCACACACAUCCGGAGCCCUGAAGUGGGCAAAAAUGCUCAGAACACGCAUUCAGAGAUCAUGGGAAAGAAUCAGACGACUGUUUGACAUGCCUGCAGGAGGUGGAGAAUUGGCCAAGGAGUCCGACAUGUACAUGGAGAUGUUGGGUCUGCUGGACAAAUAUGAGGAGGACAUUUACUCUGACUGGCGGAAUGGUUUGGAAGAAGCCUGCCUGAUCAACCUCAAUCAAAACCUUAUCUCCAGAGAUACGUCAUCCGACCUGAUUUCACUCAACUUCAAUCCAAAGCUGACUGAAGUGUUGAAAGAUGUGAAGUAUAUUCAGACUCUCGGUGAGAUCAAGAUCCCCGCAGCUGCACUGGCAGUUUUUGAGAAGCGUGACAUGUUCACAAAGUAUGUGAGCAGCCUGCAGCUGUUGGUGCAGUGGUACAACAAGCUAAAGCAGACGGUGCUAGAGGUGGAAGUUCCUCUCAUCAGAGCUGAGCUAGAGUCCAUAGACGUGCAGUUGACGAGGGCAGAGUGCGAGCUGACAUGGCUGGAUCCCGACUGCUGGAGCUUCAUCAGCACCGCCAAAGACCUGGCCCACAACCUGGCGGCUCGAGUCAGUAGAACCAAGGAAAACUGCGAAGCCAUCCAGUCCAUGAUGAAGGGAUGGAGCAAACAGGCCAUGUUUUGCAGAAAGGACAACAAGAAAGGCUUGCUCAUACAGCUGGAGGACAGGGCAGACCGUGUGAACAGGAAGUGCAGCUCUAUGAAGAAAGAUGGAGACUCCAUACACAAGCUGGUACAGGAUAAUAAGGUCCUCUUCCACGCUGAGCCUGCGUCAGAGGCGUGGAGGUCCUACCUGGAGUAUGUGGAUGAGAUGGUGGUGGAGGGGCUCUUCAGCUUCAUCAGCCACUCUCUUCAGUUCUUUGUGAACAACAUGGAAUCGUGGCCGAACCCGAUGCCUCUGUUUGAGUCUCAGUUGAUGCUGAGCAGCUCAGGAAUGGUUUUCCUCCCCUCAUUGGAGCAAGACGCAGGGGACGGCCUGUACGAGCUGAUAGAAGGACUGGUUGGAGACAUAUUCAAGACUUCAGUGAAUAUCAACAGAGUAGCUGCUCACCAUAGCAUGGAGAGCUACCAGGAUCUAAUGGAUGAGAUGCUGGAUUUGUUGGACCUGAGGCAAGAGAUAAUGGAGCGAGUGGAAAACGUCCUCAAGAAAGCAAUGAAUUACCAGAGAAAGUUUGACUGCUACACCCAUCUGUGGCAGGAUGACAGGGCAGAGUUUCUCAGCCAGUUCCUGCUGUACGGGCGUGUGCUGACAGCUGAAGAGAUGGAGGCUCACGGAGCAGACGCACUCCCUGAGAGCCCGCCUACAAUUGAUAGCUUCAAAGAACAGAUUGAUUACUAUGAGGAUCUUUAUGCUGAAAUUUCCAAACUCGAAGACCUCAAAGUCUUCAAUGGAUGGUUUCGGGGAUGUCAAGUCUUUAAAGUGAGCCUCCUAAACACUGUAAAGAAGUGGAGCUGGCUUUUUAAAGAACACCUCUUGACAUAUGUCACACACAGUCUUGAUGAGCUGCAGAAGUUUGUCCGAGCCACCGUCGAUGGGCUAGGCCAGCCUGUCGCUAAAGGAAACCACCGUGGCUUGGUGGAGGUGAUGAGUCAUCUGUUGGCCGUCAGAGACAGACAAGCAGCCACGGACAAGAUGUUCGAGCCUUUUAGAGACACGGUCCUCCUGCUGGAGCAGUAUGGAGUGAUCAUACCAGACCAGGUCUAUUCUCAGCUAGAGGAACUUCCUGAGAAAUGGAGCAGGGCAAAAAAAAUGGCCUUAAAAGUGAGGCAUGAGGUGGCCCCGAUGCAGAAUGCAGAAGUGAUGGUGAUACGGAAACGAUGCAUGAGCUUUGAGGUGAAACAGAGCAAAUUCAGGCAGAUGUUCAGAACAGCAGCGCCUUUCAGCUACAGUGCAGUGCGGCCCUACAUCAGUCUGCAGAAAUCUGAAAAAGCUGUGCGAGACAUGGAGAAGGAGGUGGCCGAGCUGCAGGAAUCCACGAACCUGUUUGACGUUACUAUUCCUGACUACAGAGACAUCAAGUCCUGCAGACGAGAGAUCACGGUCCUCAAAGAAUUAUGGGACAUUGUUGUGUUUGUGCAGAGCAGUGUUGAGAACUGGACAAUGACCCAAUGGAGGCAGAUAAACGUGGACCAGAUGGAUGCCGAAUUGAGGAGGUUUGCCAAGGACAUACGAAAGCUUGACAAAGAGGCUCGCAUUUGGGAUGUGUAUUCCGGGUUAGACCUUUAUGUAAAGAACCUGUUGACGUCACUGCGGGCCGUGAGUCAGCUACAGGACCUGGCGAUACGAGAGCGCCACUGGGUGCAGCUCAUUAAAAUAACACAGAUGGACUUCACUGUGACGGACCGCACCACCCUGGGAGACCUCCUGGCUCUGCAGCUCCAUUUGUUGGAAGAUGAAGUCCGCAACAUUGUGGAUAAGGCAGUGAAGGAGAUGGCCAUAGAAAAGAUUGUGACAGAAAUAAGUAAAACGUGGGCAUCGAUGGAGCUUUCAUAUGAAGAGCAUUACCAGACCUCUGUGCCGCUGCUUAAAUGUGACGAGGAACUCAUUGAAACCCUCGAGGAUCAUCAGGUUCAGCUCCAGGGCAUCUUUCAGAGCAAGCAUGUGCAUCACUUCCUGUUCCAGGUCGUGGAACUGCAGAAACAGCUGACUGUGGCUGACUCUGUGCUCAUGGUCUGGAUGGAGGUCCAAAGAACCUGGGCCUACCUGGAAAGCAUCUUCAAGAGCUGUGACGACAUCUGCCAACAGCUGCCUGCAGAUGCUCACAGAUUUCAGGCUAUAGAUGCAGAAUUCCAGGAGUUAAUGUUGGACAGUGCUAAGACUAGAAACGUCAUCGAAGCCACCAACAAAUCUCAUUUAUUUGAGAAGUUAGAGGACCUCCAAAGAAGGUUGGCAUUGUGUGAAAAAGCCCUCGCUGAAUACCUGGAGACAAAGAGACUCGCCUUUCCCAGAUUCUACUUUAUUUCAUCUGCAGAUUUGUUGGACAUCCUCUCUAAAGGGAGUCACCCCAGAGAGGUAACUGUCCACCUCUCCAAAUUAUUUGACAACAUGGCCAAUCUUGAGUUUGACAAAAAUGAACAUCUGGAUAACCCUAAACUAGCAGUGGGCAUGUACAGCAAAGAGAGAGAGUAUGUUGCAUUCCAGAGUGAAUGUCGCUGUUACGGGCCGGUGGAGGCAUGGCUCUCUUCUCUGGAGGAGUCGAUGAGGGAAUGUGUCCGCAGCCACCUGUCUGAGGCUGUGUCUGCGUACGAGGACAGACCCAGAGAGCAGUGGAUUCUCGACUUCCCUGCCCAAGUGGCGCUCACCGGAUCCCAGAUCUGGUGGAGCAACGAUAUGGAGCUUGUGUUUAAAAGACUAGAGGAAGGAUUUGAGUCUGCUCUCAAAGACUACAACAAGAAACAGAUGUCUCAACUCAACAUGUUGAUCAGCAUGCUGCUGGGGGAGCUGAGCUCAGGCAACAGACAGAAGAUCAUGACCUUAUGCACUAUUGAUGUCCAUGCAAGAGACAUUGUUUCCAGCCUCAUUGCCCAAAAGGUCACCACCUCAUCGGCCUUUCAAUGGCUUUCCCAGCUGCGGCAUUGCUGGUAUGAGCAGCAGCAUCAGUGCUUCGUUAACAUCUGUGACGCCCAGUUCCCUUACUCAUACGAGUAUCUGGGAAAUACAUCGCGUCUGGUCAUCACCCCCCUCACAGACCGGUGCUACAUCACUCUAACUCAGUCCCUCCACCUGACCAUGAGUGGGGCCCCAGCUGGCCCCGCAGGAACAGGGAAGACUGAGACAACGAAGGAUCUUGGCAGAGCCGUGGGCGUCAUGGUGUACAUCUUCAACUGUUCUGAACAGAUGGACUACAAGUCUAUUGGAAAUAUCUACAAGGGUCUUGCCCAGACCGGAGCAUGGGGCUGCUUCGAUGAGUUCAAUCGUAUUGCUGUGGAUGUUUUGUCCGUUGUGGCAGUGCAGGUCAAAACUAUACAGGACGCCAUUCGCACUAAAAAGAAAAGGUUCCUGUUCCUGGACAAAGACAUUGUGUUGAAGCCCUCUGUGGGGAUAUUCAUCACGAUGAACCCUGGCUACGCAGGCAGGACGGAGCUGCCCGAGAACCUCAAGGCUCUUUUCAGACCCUGUGCCAUGGUGGUGCCGGACACUGAGCUCAUUUGUGAGAUCAUGCUGGUGGCAGAGGGCUUCCGAGGUGCUAAGCUUUUAGCUAGGAAGUUCAUCACUCUGUACAGUCUCUGCAAAGAACUCCUCUCCAAGCAGGACCACUACGAUUGGGGUUUGCGUGCUGUCAAGUCUGUUCUGGUUGUGGCCGGUGCCCUGAGAAGAAGAGACAAGAGCACACCAGAGGAUCAGGUGCUGAUGCGAGCGCUGAGAGACUUCAACAUGCCUAAAAUUGUCACUGAGGAUGUGACUAUCUUCUUGGGACUGCUUGGAGAUCUGUUCCCAGGCCUGGAGGUGGAGAGAGAGCGAGACUGUGAUUUUGAAAAGGCCGUCAGAAAGACAACGCUGGAGCUCCGACUCCAGCCUGAGGAGACGUUCAUCCUGAAGGUGGUCCAGUUGGAGGAACUCUUAGCAGUGCGUCACUCAGUCUUUGUUGUUGGAAAUACAGGGACUGGAAAAAGCCAGAUAUUGAGGGUUCUCCAUAAAACUUAUGUUAACUUGAAGAGGAAGCCUGUGUGGAACGACCUCAAUCCGAAGGCAGUGGACAGAGAUGAAUUGUUUGGCUUCAUCCAUCACGCGACUCGAGAGUGGAAAGACGGUUUGCUUUCAUCACUGAUGCGAGAGCAAGCAAACAUCUCCCACAUCGGACCUAAGUGGAUUGUGUUGGAUGGAGACAUUGAUCCGAUGUGGAUUGAAUCACUCAACACGGUGAUGGAUGACAACAAGGUCCUGACGCUGGCCAGUAACGAACGUGUGCCACUCACAUCCUCCAUGAGACUGGUGUUUGAAAUCAGUCACCUACGGACGGCCACUCCUGCUACCGUGUCCAGAGCGGGAAUUCUCUAUGUCAACCAGCAUGACCUGGGCUGGAACCCGUACGUAGCCAGCUGGAUUGACCAACGCGAACGGCAGACAGAAAGGGCCCACCUCACCAUACUGUUUGAGAAAUAUGUUCCUCGUUGUCUGGAACAGAUGAGAAACUCCUUCAAGACCAUCACUCCCAUCCCAGAACACUCUAUGCUGCAGACACUCUGCAAAUUGCUUGACUGCCUUCUAACACCAGAAAAUAUCCCAUCUGACUCUCCGCGGGAGCUCUACGAGACCUACUUCACCUUUGCCUGCAUCUGGGCUUUUGGUGGGGCCCUGUAUCAAGAUCAGCUCUAUGAUUACCGGGUAAUGUUCAGUCAGUGGUGGACCAAAGAAAUGAAGACGGUGAAGCUUCCAGCACAAGGCACCGUGUUUGACUACUACCUUGACCCUCAAACCAAACGGUUCAUGCCCUGGAGCGACACUGUGCCGCCGUUUGAAAUGGAAACGUGUACGCCAUUACAGGCUGUUCUUGUACACACAGCAGAGACCGUGCGUCUUCGCUACUUCAUGGACUUGUUGCUGGAGAGGAGACAGCCAGUGAUGCUAGUGGGGACUGCGGGAGUGGGAAAGACUGCACUUGUCAAGAACAAGUUUGACUGUCUGCCAGAGAGUUACAUGAGUACAAAAGUACCCUUCAACUACCACACUACCUCCCUCAUGCUGCAGGAGAUUCUUGAGCGGCAGUUAGAGAAAAGAGCAGGACGAAGCUACUCCCCUGCAGGCAACAGAAGGAUGGUCUACUUCAUCGAUGAUAUCAACAUGCCAGCUGUGGACAGUUACGGAACAGUGCAACCUCACACACUUAUACGACAGCAUCUGGAUUAUGGCCACUGGUAUGACAGACAGAAACUGAGCCUAAAGGAAAUCCACAAUACCCAGUAUGUCGCUUCUAUGAAUCCAACAGCUGGGAGCUUCACGAUCAACCCCAGACUACAAAGACAUUUCUCCGUGCUCGCAGUGAACUUCCCGUCGUCUGAGGCUCAGACCUCAAUCUUCAGUCAGAUCCUGUGUGGCCAUCUGAGGCAGGAGCUCUUCAGUCCGCUGGUUCAGAGGAGCGCAGCAACUGUCGUCCAGGCUGCCAUUACUCUUCAUCACAAGAUGGUCCACAGCUUUCUGCCCACAGCCAUCAAAUUUCACUACACAUUUAAUCUACGGGACUUGUCUAAUGUCUUCCAGGGCAUCCUACUUGCUAGGCCUGACACUGUGGAGGAGAGCACUGACCUGGCACUGCUGUGGCUCCACGAGUCCUGCAGAGUGUACUCAGACAGACUGGUAGAUAUCAAGGACCUGCAGCUCUUCCGGAAGCUCCAGAUGGAGACUGUGCAUGAAUGCUUUGAGGGACUGGAGGACAAAAAGGUGACACAGCAGCCCCUCCUCUAUUGCCACUUUGCCCAAAAGGGCAUUGAAGCCUCGUAUGCUCCUGUGACAGAAUGGACUGCGCUCAGGUCCGUCCUCACUGACGCCCUGGAGAGCUACAAUGAGCUCAACGCAGCCAUGAAUCUGGUGCUGUUUGAAGAUGCCAUGCAGCAUGUCUGUCGCAUCAGUCGUAUCCUGGAAUCUCCGAGGGGUCACGGCUUACUGGUUGGGGUCGGGGGCAGUGGGAAGCAGAGCCUGACUCGUCUGGCUGCCUACAUGUCCUCUGUGGAAGUCUUCCAAAUCACUCUGACGAAGGGUUAUAGCAUCCAGGACCUCAAGACUGAUGUGGCAGGUUUGUUCCUGAAGACUGGAGUGAAGAACCAGCGCGUGGCUCUGCUGCUGACUGAUGCACAGAUCCCCGAUGAGCGGUUCCUUGUCAUUAUUAAUGACUUACUGGCAUCAGGAGAAAUUCCUGAGCUCUUCAGUGAGGAGGAGAUGGAAGGUAUCGUGUCGGCCGUCAGAGCCGAGGUCCGAGCCGUCGGACUGCUGGACAGCAGGGAGAACUGCUGGAGAUUCUUCACUGACCGAGUUCGACUACAGCUCACGGUGGUUCUGUGUUUGUCUCCUGUGGGCAGUGCCCUCCGCGUAAGGGCCCGUCGAUUCCCUGCUCUCGUCCAAUGCACCACCAUUGACUGGUUCCAUCCUUGGACCUCAGAAGCGCUGCAGUCAGUCAGCUACAGAUUCAUCCAAGAGAUCGAAGGCAUUGAGCCUGCUGUCCAGGAAUCCAUCAGUCUUUUCAUGGCCUACGUUCACACCAGUGUCAACCAGGCAAGUGAAAAAUACCAACGCAAUGAGAAGAGGUACAAUUACACCACCCCCAAGAGCUUUCUCCAGCAAAUCACCCUGUACAGAAACCUUCUGGAGAAGAGCCGAGCUCAGCUCCAGCACAAGAUGAACCGACUUGACAGCGGCCUUCAAAAGCUCCAGACCACUGCCGCCCAGGUUGAGGAUCUUAAAGCUAAAUUGGCAUCCCAAGAAGCUGAGCUGACCUGUAAAAACCAGAACAUCGGGGCUCUAAUCACCAAGAUCGGACUUCAGACAGAGAAGGUUUGCAGCAAGAGAGAGGCUGCAGAUAUCGAGGCACAAAAGGUUGCUUUCAUAAAGGCAGAAGUCUUAGUCAAACAGAAGGACUGUGAAAGCGACCUAGCCAAGGCAGAGCCGUCGCUGGCCGCUGCAACCGCAGCACUGGACACCCUCAACAAGGUGAAUCUGACUGAGCUGAAGGCCUUCCCAAACCCCCCCGCUGCAGUGAUAAACGUAGCAGCAGCUGUGAUGGUGCUGCUCGCUCCUCGCGGUCGGGUGCCUAAGGAUCGGAGCUGGAAGGCGGCGCGGGCCUUCAUGGGCAAGGUGGAUGAUUUCCUGCAGGCCCUGAUGUCGUAUGACAAGGAGCACGUCCCUGAUGUCUGUUUGUCUGUGGUAAAAAAAGAGUAUCUGAAAAAUCCACAGUUCCACCCUGAUCUGGUUCAGACCAAAUCUACAGCUGCAGCCGGUCUGUGUGCCUGGGCUAUAAACAUUGUCAGAUACUACGAGAUUUAUUGUGAGGUCAUUCCUAAGAGGCAUGCGCUAUCGCAAGCUAAUGCAGAGCUAGACACAGCCACAGCCAAAAUGUUAGCAGUUCAAAAGAAAUUGGCGGAUCUCGAUGCAACCCUACAGAGCCUCACAGCUCAGGUCGAAAAAGCUACUGCUGAGAAAAUCAGUUGUCAGGAGGAGGUGAAACGCACCAACCAGACCAUAGAGCUGGCCAACCGGCUGGUCAAGGGCUUAGAGUCAGAGAAGGAGCGCUGGUCCCAGGCCAUUGUUGAGUACGAAAAGCAACAGAAAACUCUGUGUGGCGACGUCCUCAUCACUUCAGCCUUCGUCUCUUACAUGGGUUACUUCACAAGACAGUAUCGUGUGGAGCUUCUAAACAACGCUUGGAUCCCUUUCCUCCAUUCUCAGAAAGUCUCUGUACCCCUGACAGACGGCUUGGAUCCAAUCCUCAUGCUUACAGAUGAUGCCACUGUGGCUGCCUGGCAUAACCAGGGCCUGCCAAACGAUAGGAUGUCCACCGAGAACGCUUCCAUCCUGACCACCAGUGAGCGCUGGCCGCUCAUCAUCGACCCGCAGCAGCAGGGCAUCAAGUGGAUCAGAAACCGGCUAGGGUCAGAGCUGAGGGUGGUGCAGCUGGGACAGAAGGGGUAUCUAGAUGUGAUUGAACAAGCGCUUGCCUGUGGUGACACAGUUCUGUUGGAGAAUCUGCCGGAGAAGGUAGACCCAGUCUUGGAGCCUCUGCUGGGGAGAAACACUAUAAAGAGAGGAAGGUAUAUUCGUAUUGGCGGCAAGGAGUGUGAAUACAACAGCAACUUUCAACUCAUCAUCCACACCAAGUUGGCCAAUCCCCAUUUCCCCCCCGAGCUGCAGGCACAGACCACUCUCAUCAACUUCACAGUGACUCCUGUGGGCCUGGAGGAGCAGCUGCUGGGCCAGGUGGUGUCACGGGAAAGGCCCGACCUGGAGGCCCUAAAGAUGGAGCUGACCAGCCAGCAAAACCACUUUAAGAUUGAACUCAAGAGGUUGGAGGACGACCUGCUGAGCCGCCUCUCUGCAGCCCACGGUCAUUUUCUGGGUGAUAUUUCUCUGGUGGAGCAACUGGAAAACGCCAAAAGCACAGCGGCUCACAUUCAGUACAAGGUGGUGGAGGCCAGAGAGAACGAAACUAAGAUCAACGAGGCUCGAGAACUUUACCGCCCAGCAGCUGAGAGAGCGUCACUCCUCUUCUUCAUCAUCAAUGACCUCAGCAGGAUUAACCCCAUGUACCAGUUUUCUCUCAAGACCUUUAACACGGUGUUCAACAAAGCGAUGGAGCGUGCAGAAUGGGACGAGGAUGUGAGGACCCGAGUGCACACCCUGACCGAGGCCAUCACCUAUUCUGUAUUCCUGUACACCAGCCAGGGCCUGUUUGAGAGAGACAAGUUAACCUUCUUGUCACACACUGCCUUCCAGAUCACUCUCAAGCAGGGCCUGAGUGAUGCUCAGGAAUUUGACUUCCUGCUGCGUUUCCAUGUGGAAGCUUGCAAAGUUAGUCCUGUGUCCUUCCUCUCUCCACAUGCCUGGGGAGCCAUUAAGACCAUUUCUACAAUGGAGGGCUUCAUCGGACUGGACAAAGACAUGGAGAGCUCACCCAAGCGUUGGAGGAAGAUCGUUGAAUCCAGCUGUCCUGAAAAGGAAAGACUCCCCCAGGACUGGAAGAAUAAGAGUUCCCUCCAGAAGCUUAUUAUCUUCAAAGCGCUUCGCCCUGAUAGGAUCACCUAUACACUGAGAAACUUUGUGGAGGAGAGCAUGGGAGCAAAAUACGUGGAUGCUGCCAGGCUGGAAUUUGACAAGCUGUAUGAGGAGAGCAGCUCCUCCACCCCUGUUUUCUUCAUCCUCUCACCUGGAGUCAAUCCACUCAAAGAUGUAGAAAAACUAGGAUUGAAGCUGGGAUUUUCCAUCGACCAGGGCACUCUGCACAACGUCUCUCUGGGACAGGGGCAGGAGGAGGUGGCUGAGAGGGUCCUGGGGAGUGCCUCUCAACUUGGACACUGGGUCAUUCUGCAGAAUGUGCACCUUGUGGCUCGCUGGCUGCCCUCUCUAGAUGCUCUUCUGGAGACGGCAGCGUUGGACAGCCACUCAAACUACAGAGUGUUCAUCACCGGAGAGCCAGCACCGAGCCCCGAACAGCACGUGAUCCCCAGAGGCAUACUGGAGAGUGCCAUCAAGAUCACCAAUGAGACCCCCACUGGAAUGAAUGCCAGUUUGCAUGCAGCCCUCAACAACUUCAAUCAAGACACCCUGGAUGUGUGCUCCAGAGAGCAGGAGUUCAACUCGAUGUUCUUCUCGCUCUGCUUCUUCCACGCUUGUGUUACAGAGCGUCGUAAAUUCGGUCCCCAGGGGUGGAACCAGAACUACCCCUUCAGCACCGGAGACCUUACCAUCUCAGCCAGCGUCCUGUACAACUAUUUAGAGGCCAACACUAAAUCCACGCAGGUGCCCCGGGAGGACUUGUGUUAUCUUUUCGGGGAGAUCAUGUAUGGAGGACACAUUACCGAUGGCUGGGACAGAAGACUGUGUAAGACCUAUCUGCAAGAGUUCAUGCAUCCAAAAAUGUUUGAAGGGGAGCUUUUUCUCUGUCCUGGGUUCCUGUCCCCUCCGUUCAUGGACUACAGUGGUUACCACAGUUACAUAGACGAACAUCUCCCCUCUGAGAACCCCACUUUGUAUGGACUCCAUCCAAACGCUGAGCUCGACUGCCUCACCGUCACCUCAGACAACCUCCUCAGGACUCUGCUGGAGCUGCAGCCUCAGGACUCCUGCCGAGGAGAGGGGGCGGCUCAGAGCACAGAGGAGAAGGUCAAGUCCGUCAUUGAAGAUAUCCUUGAGAAGCUUCCUGAUGAGUAUGACAUGGCAGAGAUGAUCACCAAGACAAAGAGAAGCCCCUACAUUUCAGUGUGUUUCCAGGAGUGUGAACGCAUGAAUCUCCUUCUGGAAGAAAUAAGGAAGUCCCUUAAUGAGCUGGAUCUUGGUCUCAAGGGAGAACUCACCAUCUCCUCCAGUAUGGAGACUCUGCAGACAGCUCUGUUCAACGACUCUGUUCCUGAUUCCUGGGCCAGGCUGGCUUAUCCCUCCACUAAAACACUUGCACAAUGGUUUAAUGAUAUAAUGUGUAGCUGUCGAGAGCUGGACAGCUGGACUCAGGACUUGGUUCUUCCUGCAGUUGUUUGGCUCUCAGGACUCUUCAACCCUCAGUCUUUCCUCACCGCUGUCCUGCAGAGCAUUGCUCGGAAGAAUCAGUGGCCCCUGGACAAGAUGACUUUGACUGUCGAUGUAACGAAGAAGACGAAAGACGACUUUGGGCAUCCACCGCGGGAGGGGGCCUACGUUCACGGACUCUUCAUGGAAGGAGCGCGCUGGGACACUCAGUCCGGAAUCAUCUCCGAGGCCGUUCUGAGGGAUCUGACUCCCGCCAUGCCGGUGCUGUAUGUUAGAGCGGUGCCUGCGGAAGAGCAGGAGCUGAGGAAUACGUACGAGUGUCCCGUGUACCGCACUAAGCAGCGCGGGCCCACGUAUGUUUGGACCCUCCACCUGCGCACCAAACAGCCUCCUGCCAGGUGGAUCAUGGCUGGAGUGGCUCUGCUGCUGUCCGUGUGAGACAAGAGAGAAGCGGGGGAUGGGUGCUAGAAUACUUACCGACAGUAUUAAGCAAAGAGUUUUAAAGAUAUCAUUUUUUGGAAUAUUCUCCCAUUGAGAAAUAAUGUUGCUCUUUAUCAUGUUUUUUUUUAUGACUUCUGCAAUAGACACUUUUAAUCAUGCAUUAAUGUUGCUUGUAUCCAAUUUGGUUUAUUUGACACAAUACUGGCAUUGUAGUGUGUGAAAGCGUGUGUGUUUCAGAUGGUGAGAUAGUGGAAAUAAAGAGGGAGAUGCGUGUCGAGCCAGUGGUGAACCUGUUGUGUCCGCCGCUGUGGAACCUCUCCCCUGAGAGGGCGCAGUCUGCACAUGAUUUGUUGAGAGCUUAUGUCUCCAUUUGAGACCAUGUAAUUCUGGAUAGGGAGCAUAUUUUAUUAGAAGGUCAAGAUUAAAAAAGCUCUCUGGCUGCCCUCUACUAACUGAA